AUGGACGACGAGCGACUACCCAAACGACUCUUCUACGGAGACGUCGCGACGGGUUCUCGCCGUCAAGGAGGCCAGAUUCGCCGUUAUAAGGAUACCCUGAAGUCCUCCCUGAAGCGCCUGCAAAUCAACCGGACCAACUGGGAAGAGCUCGCACUCGAUCGACCGACAUGGAGGAGGACAGUGAAGACAGGCGCUGCGAUCUACGAAGCCAAUCGCAGCGCCGCCGCCAAAGCGAAACGCGAAGCCCGCAAAUCACAACUUCGCCCAGUCCGCAACGCCGCCGCACAACCUCUCCCUACGUGUCCUCGAUGCCACCGGACAUUCCGGGCACGAAUCGGACUUGUUGGACAUCUUCGGAUCAACUGCACCUCUCGAGCUGGUCCAGCCAUCGUCCCCCCUCCCGCCUCUUCCUCGUCCUCUCUGCGGCCAACUAACUCUGACACUCCUCCUGCACCACCACUUCCAUCCUCCUACUCCUCGUCGUCCUCCUCCCUCUCCGCUGCCCCAGCGGCGGCCGUUCAGACUGCUGUCUCUCACAUCACCAACCCCAACACAACAACCGACACUACCACCACCUCUCGCGAUACCACUGAUGAGGAUCAGGACUACACCUGCCCUCACUGUGACCGCACAUUCACCUCACACAUCGGCCUCGUCGGUCACUUGCGAAUCCAUCGCACAGAGACUGGCGAACCAGUGCCUGGAGCACCAACCUACACUCACCGCACUCGCCUCCACUACCCACACUGCCCUCGCACCUUCACGCAUCGCAUGGGUCUAUUCGGCCACAUGCGCAUCCACGAGAGCGGAAUUGACUACAAUUCCGAUACAGCCACGACAUCCAACACAUCCACCACGCCCAGACCCAUCCUCGCUCCACCGUCACACGUGCCGACCACCACCACCGCCACCACCACCAACACCACUGCUUCCUCUACAGCUGACACCGACACCGCCAACCUCUCAUGCCCACAUUGUCAACGCACCUUCACCUCACACAUCGGCCUGGUCGGUCACUUGCGAAUCCAUCGCACAGAGACUGGCGAACCAGUGCCUGGAGCACCAAACUACACCCACCGCACUCGCCUCCAUUGCCCACACUGCCCUCGCACCUUCACGCAUCGCAUGGGUCUAUUCGGCCACAUGCGCAUCCACGACGACCUGCGGUAG